AAUCUAGUCCUGGCUGAAAACAGUCCUGGAAGAGAUAGCACUGAAUAUAUUCUUACAUUUGAGCCAGAUGUGCCAGCUUUGAAAAAACCUGUGGAACCAUACCGUCUGUCAUUUAUGUUUUACAAUGAUUUCAAGAAGCAGCAACAGAUGGCAGCACUUACAAAGGAAAGAGACCAGUUAUCUCAGUCCAUAAGUGUUUACAGAAGUUGGUUUGAUACUACUAAUCAGCUUGUAACUGAAAUUAAGUGUCAGGUUAAAGAAGCUGAAACAAGAGAAACUCAUCUGAAGAAUGAACUGAAAAAACACCAAAUUGAAUUACCACAGACAAACACACUUCAGUAUGUGGAUUCUCUUAUAAAACAAAAGAUGCAGGAUCAAGAAGGACUAAUGAAACAGCCAAGGCGAACUUGUACCCUCCCAAACUAUCCAAAAGGCAACCAGGAUAUUUUAGGCAAGAUUUCACAUUUAGCACAAAUUGAGGAUAACGAAGCAGCAAAAGUUAUCUCUUGGCAUUUGGCAAGCGACAUGGACUGUGUAGUCACACUGACUACUGAAGCCGCUCGUUUUAUUUUUGAUGAAACUCAAGGUCGACAACAAGUGUUACCCCUUGAUUCUAUUUACAAGAAGACACUCCCUGAUUGGAACAGGCCUUUACCUCACUUAAGAAAUGGAAAAAUCUUCUUCAGACCUAUUGGAAACCCUGUAUUUGCCAGAGAUCUGUUAACAUUUCCAGAUAAUGUGGAGUAUUGUCAAACAGUGUUUGGAAUGCUCUUGGGUGACACUAUCAUUAUAGAUAACUUGGAUGCUGCUAACCAUUACAGAAAAGAGGUUGUAAAAAUUACACACUGCCCUACUUUGCUGACUAGGGAAGGAGACAGGAUUCGCAGCAAUGGAAAAUUUGGAGGCCUUCAGAAUAAAGCUCCUCCAAUGGAAAAACUCAGAGGAAUGGUAUUUGGAGCACCCAUGCCAAAACUUUACUCUACUUUAGCUGGACAAAUAGAUCUUCUUCAGCAAUACCGUGCAGCAGUGGUGAAACUUGAUAAUGUGAAUAAGGACCUUGAUUUACAUUUGCAGUCACUUAACACUCCAGAAAUGCAAAAGAAAAAACAGGAACUUGCUGAACAAGAGAAAAGCCUCAAGCUAAUAGAACAAAAAUUGGGUAUGACUUCAUCAGAUAGAGCCACUGAAUCAUUACUCCAGCCUGUAAUGUUAGAUAUGUCUGACACCCCCAUCCCUCCAAAAAGAAUACGAAGAGAAACAGUAAAAAAAUUAUAUAG